CAACAAAGAUGGUUUCACACCUUUGCAUUUGGCGGCUGAAAUGCUCAAUUCCAAUUCUGAAGGAGUUUUCGGAUAAGGCUCCAAGAUCCUUCGACAUACUAACACCAUCAAAGGAAACUGUUUUCCAUCUAGCUGCGGAACACAAAAAUACGCCGGCGUUCUAUUUCAUGGCAGAGAGUCCCGAUAGAAACAGUCUUCUCCACCAGGUGGAUAGAUAUGGCAACACUGUACUACACAUUGCGAAUCAUCCGACCACCGUCUAG